AUGAGUCGGACAAUUCAUUCGUUCACCGCUGAUUAUCAGACCCACAACCAGGAAUGUAUGGGGAUCCUGCCCGACAACCGAUGUCGGAGCAAGAUUGCUGCGUCUUCGAAUCAGAUUGAAAUGCCUUGUAGGGUAAGUAUGCGGAGUAAAGAUGGGUAUCAGCCUGUCGGGAAAAUAAUAUGGAUUUGUAGUUUAAAGAUAGGUUUCAGUCUGUCGGGAAAAUAAUGUGGAUUUUUAGUUUAAAGAUGGGUAGCAGUCUGUCGGGAAAAUAAUGUGGAUUUGUAGAGUAAAGAUGGGUAGCAGUCUGUCGGGAAAAUAAUGUGGAUUUGUAGAGUAAAGAUGGGUAUCAGUCUGUCGGGAAAAUAAUGUGGAUUUUUAGAGUAAAGAUAGGUUUCAAUCUGUCGGGAAAAUAAUGUGGAUUUGUAGAGUAAAGAUGGGUAGCAGUCUGUCGGGAAAAUAAUGUGGAUUUGUAGAGUAAAGAUGGGUAUCAGUCUGUCGGGAAAAUAAUGUGGAUUUUUAGAGUAAAGAUAGGUUUCAAUCUGUCGGGAAAAUAAUGUGGAUUUGUAGAGUAAAGAUGGGUAGCAGUCUGUCGGGAAAAUAAUGUGGAUUUGUAGAGUAAAGAUGGGUAGCAGUCUGUCGGGAAAAUAAUGUGGAUUUGUAGAGUAAAGAAGGGUAGCAGUCUGUCGGGAAAAUAAUGUGGAUUUGUAGAGUAAAGAUGGGUAGCAGUCUGUCGGGAAAAUAAUGUGGAUUUGUAGAGUAAAGAUAGGUUUCAAUCUGUCGGGAAAAUAAUGUGGAUUUAUAGAGUAAAGAAGGGUAUCAGUCUGUCGGGAAAAUAAUGUGGAUUUAUAGAGUAAGGAUGGGUAUCAGUCUGUCGGGAAAAUAAUGUGGAUUUGUAGUUUAAAGAUAGGUUUCAAUCAGUCGGGAAAAUAAUACGGAUUUGUCGCAACAAAAUUUCUCGUCAGAGGAAAAAACAUUAUACUUUUUCGGAAUUUUUAAAAAUUGAAAAAUCGAAAUUUUUUUUUCUUUUUCCAUCAGGUCCAUGCACUUUAUGGAAAUAUAAACAAUAUCUUGGAAUCUCUAAUUUCUCUGUUUUCAGGUCCAAACCAAGGAAAAGCCGGUAGUUUUGAUGAUCGCGCCUCAAACCAUCCUCACCGACGCCGACUCCGAGGAAGCGCGGAAGGAGAUGGCUCGAUUGAGAGCCAACUAA